UUGAAAAUAAACCAAGAAGACUGACGUAGAGCGUAAUGCGGACGAUACGGGCCUAAAUCGCAAUGGCACAGAUAACGGACACAAUGCAGGAAUACUUUGCCUUACCCACCGCAAUCUACACCCCCAACGCUUCCUACGGCGACGAGAACGCUACGAGCGCGCUCGACGCCCGCUCGACCGACCAAAACUUCUCCUGCGACGCGAUAAGGGAUUUCGUCAACGUCACCUGCGAGCUACCGAUAAACUACGCGGUGCCGAUGUACGGUUACGUUAUGCCCUUUCUGUUGUUCGUAACGAUCAUAGCGAACACGCUUAUCGUCGUCGUGCUGAGCAAGAGGCACAUGCGGACGCCGACGAACGUCGUCCUGAUGGCGAUGGCACUCUGUGAUAUGUUUACGUUGCUGUUCCCCGCGCCGUGGCUGAUUUACAUGUACACGUUCGGCAACCACUACAAACCGCUUUGGCCCAUCAGCGUUUGCUACGCUUGGACGGUGAUGCACGAGGUCAUUCCGAACAUGUUCCAUACGGCGAGCAUUUGGCUGACGCUGGCGUUGGCGGUUCAGCGAUACAUCUACGUCUGUCACGCGCCGUUGGCGCGAAAAUUCUGCACGAUGCCCAACGUUUAUAAGUGCUUAGUUUACAUACUCGUCUCGGCCGCACUGCACCAGGCGACGAGGCUGUUCGAUCAGGAGUACUCAGAGGUGAGAAAUAAAAUUUACCUACGUAAGCAGUGGGCUCAUCCCCAGACCCUACAUUCUCCUCCAAAACCCGUCAGCUUUACCGCUCUUACUACAGUUUUCGGCAGCUCAGCGCCGGGUGGUGUGGAGGCUAUAGAAUAA